UUUCCAACCUGUAAGUAAGCACAUAAUCUUCUCUUUAAACUUCACUAAAUUAUCUUUUAUUGUUUUAUAUUUAUGCCUCCUCUCUCCUGCUUUGCUACCUGCCCCCACAUUGGAACAUUCCCAACAGCAUAUAAAUGAGGUGUUUUUCUCCCAUCUUAAGAAUCAAAGGCUAAAACACCUUUCAUAAUCCCUGUACAUCCUCCCAGCUGCCCCAUAUCUUACUCCCAUUGCCAAUAAACCACAGAAAGAGCUGUUUCCCACAUCCUGUUUCUGGUUCCAGUUCCUUUCAUUCUCUCACGAGCCCACUUUGAUCAGGCUCUUUUCCCCAGCACACAAGUAAAGCAGCUCUGUCAAGGUCAUGCUUGGUCUCCACUGUGACACAGUAGUCAGCUCUGAGUCCUGGAUUUAGAUGGACUAUGAGGUGGAUUUGUUGGAGUUGGGGGCUCCCUUCUUCUCCCUCCAUUCACUUGGUUUCUAAUUGCCAUCAUAGUUCUCCCACUUCACUAGAAAACAAGAACUCUUCUGAAUCCCCCACAUUUCACCGACCUCUCACUCUCCUGUGCCCCAGGGCUUGGUUCUCAGACCUUUUCUCCUUGCUAACUACAUUUACUCCAGCUUCAUGGCUUCUAAUACAUUUGUUUUGAAAUUUUUUCCUUAAUACUUGUAUUUGCAUUUUUCAAUAAAUUAUGUACUUCUAAUUGAAGAAUAAUCAUUUUUUUCUUUUUAUGUUCUUAACAAGUUCUUGAAUAGUUAUUAUUCACUUAAGCUGUAUGAGGCUGUAUGUAAUAUUGGAAGUGCAUCCAAAGCACCUGGCAAAAUUCUAAACGUAAGACACUGAAAACUGAGACCCCAAGGAGGAGAGGAAUAACAGGAUUCACUGUGUCACCAACCGAGCGGGGGGCAGCUCUGGUCCUUUCUUCAUGGCUUUCUCAUUCUGGUAUGAAUCUGCACUGUCCCUAAAGAAUGCAACAAUUCCUUUUUGUUUGUUUAUUUUGGUUUGGGAUUCAGAACUUUUACUGAUGUUAUUGUGAAUUUACUAAAUUCUGUUUUUCACACACAUUCUGUGUCUUUGGAGAAUAAAAAGUUACAUCAGAACUAACUAUCACAUAAGUCAUUCCAACAGAGCCACUUGGUGCCUUUUAUUCAGGCCUUUGGGGAACUCGACUUGCACAUGCUAAUAUUAAAGAUGUGUGGGGCUGGGGAUGUGGCUCAAGUGGUAGUGGGCUGGCCUGGCAUGCGUGAGGCACUGGGUUCCAUCCUCAGCACCACAUAAAAAUAAAUAAAGAUAUUGUGUCGACCCAAAACAAAAAAAUAAAAUAAAACAAAACAAAAUUAUGCCCACCAUUAUUAGCCCUAAGUCAAGGAGAGGACUGGAUAAUCAUCUUUUGUGUGUUUUGGUCACAGUUCCAUUUUAGAUCAUUUCAUACUCAUCCUUAGAAGGAAGAUUUGUAAGGACAAUGUGAUGACAUAGCAGGCUUCUCUCACUUGCCAACCAACAGAGGGAAAGCCAUCAUGCCCUGUCCAGAGGCUCUACUGUCCUCACCUCCAAAGACGCACCCCUUCCAUGUGCGCCCAGUGAAGAGCAGCAUCGGGUCAAAGCUGAGCAUCUUGGCUGAUGGAGGAGCACCUACCACCACACUGGUCCCAUAGUUCACAUGGCAGGAUGCCAGGGCAUCGACCUGAAUGGAGAAUGAGGGAGAUGGUCUGCUUCUUAGUUCUCUUAUAAUAUUUCAUGGGAUCAGAAAUGACCUAUAAACUAACUCUCAUCAUUCUGGUAAUUAGCUCAGUUUCCAAGUCAUGAAAUUAAAUUAGGCCCACAGGCCUUUCAUUUUCUGCUUGCUUUUAAAAUUCUCAAUGUAACUUAAGUCCUUAAUUAAACUCCUACACACAUUUUCAUUUUGAAGCAUAAGGCAGUAAUUAAUGUGGUCAUAUCCAGGAAGUUUUUAGUGUACCAUAAACUGAAAACGUGGGAAAUCCUUGUGAUGUUUUCAUACUAACAUCACCACUUCAGAUAAGCCUUAAGAAGUCAUUUGCACUUAAUGAAAUUGAAUUAGUCAAUUAGUAUGUUUUUUUUAAGUUUAAUAUGAAAAUGUGAACAAAGUAAAGUCUCUCUCUCUCUCUCUCUCUCUCUCUCUCUCUCUCUCUGGCAAUAUCUGAGUCUAGCCUCAUAUUUUCUGGUCAUUUACCAAUUCUAUUAUUUAUUAAUAGCAUGUUGUAGUUCUUGCUAGAUUGUAACAAUUGUUGGUAUUUUUCAGAGACCAAUGUUUCUCAAAGCACCACCUGCAAAUCAGUAGAACCUAAUAAUAUGUCCAGUAUUGCAUAUUGCCUGGUGAACACACCACACCUAGAGUACUAUUUGUUGCUAUGGAAUUUCCUAAGUGUUAUUAGAAAAACGAUAUGGCAAUAAUAGUAAGUUAAAGGCUACUUAUCCCUAAAUCACCAAAAGCCUUAAAGAAAAUAUACUGCAUACUCGAAAGUGGCUUAGUUUCAUUUUCUAGGCCUCCCUAACCUACCCCAGGUCAGGGAUUUCUCAUUCCAGAAGCUCUGGAUUUCAGAUCUAAAUGGAGUCUGGUGCUGCUGGCUGCCACAGAGGAGGCAUGUUUUAGAAUACUGAAGGAAGAUAUUCUAAAGGUAUUUAGACAAAGGAAAACAAAGCUCAGGUGAAAAGAAUGAGAAGAUGAUAGAUCAUGGAUUUGGGGGAAGAGAUGGCAGCGUUUAGAACAGUCCCUUUUCCCUGAAGUUUCUCGUAUCUCUCUUCAAGAAGUAACCUUGUGAUACUCGGAUUGCUAAAUAAAAUUCCAGAGAUGGAAUCACCUUUGCCAAGAAUCCCACACAUACAUGGAAGAUAACACUUGAAAAAUCUAUGUUGAUGGGUCGAUUACCUUGCCCUCAAGUGGCAAGAGAGUGGUAUGAUGUGAUACCUAACUUUGAUCAAGUAGAACCAAUCUUUGAGAUUUUGACUUUUUAGGUAAACCUGCUGUGUGGUUACCUGAGUAACAUAUAUUUCCAUAAUUGGUUGUUAGUAAAGCUAUGGAAAAUGGGUUUUAACUUGUGCAAAUCUAAUGCUUGGUAUUUUGUAGCUUCCUGAAUCUUGACUCUUACCAUGGUUUCAAGAUGCCCGAUAACUUCAAAAGUGUACUUCACAGUGUCGCCUGUCAUUUCCGACAGCACCUCACUGAUGGGCUUGGUAAAGUCCUUGGGACUAAUACACUCAGUGGCUCCUAAAGCCAAGGCCUUCUCAAAUUUGUCUUUGUUAAGGUCAAUCCCAAUGAUCCUGGAGGCACCAGCUGACUUGCAGCCCAUGAUGACCGACAGACCAACUCCUCCUAAGCCAAAGACAGCACAAGUAGAACCAGGGGUGACCUGUGGGAGAGAAAGCCUCCUGUAAAUGUUAAAGUGAAAGCAGACUGUUAGCGUCACAAGUGGAAGUAUAAACAGAACUGAGCUACCUUUGGUCAGGAGAUCUCUUGGGGGGGGUAUCCUUUAAGUCUGGAAGUCUCAGCCUUGGUUUUGCAACAGGAACAGUAAGGAUCUGAGCACAGUUGAAACUGAGGUCAAUCAAGUUAGACCCCAAGGACGUUUUUUGGCAACAGUGAAGGGGGUAAACCAACAGGUCAUGCAAAAGAACUUCAAAUCCCCAACUUCUGUUCUUCAGUUUGAGAGCAAAAGCAACCCUAUUGUGACUAGAAAUGGGGGUUGUUUUCUAGUUAGGCACACCCCUCAUCCCAGAAGAGUCUGCCAUAUCAAAGGUUUGAAUAACAUCCCGAUCUGUACUGUGAAUGACGAUGAGCUUGCUCUGGGAGCCCUGUAUGGUGUUAGCCAGUUUGACCAGUUAGAGAAGGAUGAGAUACCACUUGCCAAAUGCAAUUAUCCACCGAGUCCUGCUGCCCCAGAGAGUCCUGUCAGAGGAGUGUCACCAGCCCAAAGCAGAGUCAAAAUGCCCCCAAGACCUCAUUCAGAGCCCUGCAGAAAACUCAAUGAGUGCUUCAAAACUUCCAGUGAAAAUCCCUUAGUAAUUAAAAAGGAAGAAAUUAAGGUUAAAAAGUCACCAUCACCUCCAAAUGCAUGCUAUACUGCUGGAUCCUGCUCUUCAGAGGCAAUGAGCACCAAGGCUGAUGUCAAAGAGAACACUGUUUGCAUACCAAACUAUCUGGAUCAAGAAAUAAAGAUCUUGGCAAAGCUCUGUGACAUUUUACAUACUGAUUCUCUGGCAGAAGUUACACAGUGGCUGCUUCAUGCAAGUACAAAAGAAAAAGAGUGGAUCUCAGCUUUGAUUCAUUCUGAGCUGGCUGAGAUACAUUUAUUGAGUCGCCGCAGAAGAAACACCCCAGUGGAACCAGCAGGAGAGACUGGGAAGCCAUCUGCAGUUAAAUCACCCACUACGAUCAAAUCUCCCCCAAAUUCACCUGCAAAGUCAAAGGUGCUGACUGGAGCUAAGGAUGGAUAUCAACCAACCAGAGCAUCAAGCCAAGAAUCUGCAGGAAAUAAGGAAGUAGCAAAAGGAGCUGAGAACAAGACCCCAUUGUUUAUAAGAAAAAACAACCUGAAAAUACCUAUUGCAGAAUAUUUCAGCAAACCAAAGUCUCCUUUCAGGUCUAAUAAUCAGGAGAGUUAUAUUAUUGGGUCAGCAAAACCAAUGUCUGCAAGGAGUAUACAAGGAUACAAUCUUUGUCCUCAAAACUUGUCUUAUCCUUUAACAUACCAAAGGUAGAAACUGUACACUGAGCUAAUUCUUUCAGAAAUUUGAGUUUCUCGUUAAUUAAUUUAAAAAAAUCAAGCAGUUCUCUUAUGGUGGCACAGGAAAAUCUCAAAACACCUGUAUAUAAUGCUACAAAUAAAUGUUAAUGAAGACAA